AUGCCGAGCUUCCGUUCCAUGAUGGGCUGGCCAGAAGAGGACAAUGCCACAGUUGCAUUCUGGGAGGGUUUGACCGUCAACGGCUUCAAUACCGCCGCAGCUAUUGCUGCUGUCCUAGCCGGACACCUUCUGGUGGACAAGCAUGGGCGGCGUCCCGCUCUGUUCAUUGGCUCUCUUUUGUUUGCGGCUGGUGGAGGUUUGCAAACAUCAGCACAAAAUGCGAUCAUGCUCAUUGUGGGAAGGGUCGUGGCUGGGGUUGGUGUCGGCAUCACAUCGUCGGCUGGACCAGCAUUCAUUUCGGAAGUUGCCCCGGAGAAGAUCCGCGGCAUGCUUGUAGGCAUCUAUCAAAACAACGUCUGCUUAGCCAUCGUAGCUGCUGCAGUGCUGAACUACGCCGUACACGACGAAACCUUCGGUUGGCGGUUGUUAAGGGAGGUGCAGCUGGAGCUGGAGUCUGAACGAGCAGCCGGGGAGGCAACCUGGUCCGAGGUCUUUACUACUCCCUUCUACCGGAAUGUGGUGAUCAUCGGUUGUGCGAUUCAGUUCUUUCAAAUCAUGACUGGCAUCAACGCCAUCGUGAGCUUCAGUGGAACGCUUUUCAAGGCCCUGGGCCUCCAUGGCAUCGCCUUUUCGAUCAUCCCUUUCGUGGCCUUCACUGCGGGAAACGCCCUCGGGAGCUUUCUUCUCGUCGACCGCGCCGGCCGUAGGCCCCUCUUGCUCUGGGGCAUGGUCUCCAUGUGCGUGACGAUGCUUGUGGGCGGUGUAGUCGCCGUGGUUGCCCAGGAUGAAACCGGCCACAUCGGGGAAGCUGCGGGGUACACCAUC